AAGAGGCUUGUGAGAUUCAAGAGACUCAGCAGUUAGAAUUCCACGGCGCCCUACCUACCAUAACGCUGUUUGCGGCGCCCCAGCGUGCUAAUCCGCGUUGUCCGCCUUGAAAUCAACGCCCGUAGCUUGUAGCACCGCAACGUCAGCUGCAACAGCGCCUGAGGGGUUCGGUGUUGUCUCGGACUUUUGAGUCGACUCAAAAGUCGACAUCCAUAGCAACUCCCGCCGUGCGGUGCUGUUUCGGUGUGGGCACGCGAUGCCUGCGACGCUCCUCGUCUCCGCAUUUUCAGGCCUCUCCGCAACUCCCGCCGUCCCUCGUCUCGCGUCUCGGCGUCCCCUUCGCCACGCUUCGCAGCCCGGUUUCCUCCGGCUCCAUGACGCUCGGCGAAGCAAUGUCGCUCGAGUGGUAACCACGCGUGCGAAGAAGGGCGAAAACGAGGCCGAGAAGGAUGCGGCCGCGGGAAUCGCGCUCCCAGCGGCCAGAGGCCCGCGACUCGACGACUUCGAGCUCCCCGCAGUCGGCGGCGGCAGCUUCGGCGACGAAGAUGGCGGCGCGCCAGGCGUGUCGGCCGGCGGCGAAAUCGGCGCGCCUCACGGCGGCGGGUGGGCGCCCCGCGUUUACCGGCACGAGGAGCUCUACCUGAGCGACGCCGGGGAUCGCGCCGUGAAAAACGGCAAGGGGAAGAAGAAGGGGGAGAAGAAAAAGAAAAAGAAGGAUGCGGCGGAGGAGGAGGAUGAGGAGGGGGAGGCGGAGGACGCGGCGGAGAAAACGGAGAGCGAGCAGAGCGACCGUGGCUCGAGUGAUUCGGCUACUUCGGGCAGCUCUGAAAGUUCUGACACCUCCACGGGCAGCGAAGGGAGCAAGAAAGCGAAGAAGGGCAAGGCGGGUCGCAGCCGGGGGGUUGAGCGAUUCGCACAUUACCCGGACGACCUGUCGUCGCACGCGAAAGCGGCGGAGAAGGAUAAGGGGAAGAAGAAGAAGAACUAUGAUUACGAGGACGAGCUGGAGAGGCUGCAGCUGGAGCUAGUGAAGCUGCAGGAGUGGAUCAAAAACAAGGGCCUCCGCGUGGUCGUCAUCUUCGAGGGGCGUGACGCGGCGGGCAAGGGCGGCAUACUCAAGGUGAUCACCUCGCCGCUGAACCCGCGCGUGUGCAGCAUCAAGGCGCUGGGCACCCCCUCGGACCGUGAGCGCACGCAGUGGUACUUCCAGCGCUACGUGGCGCACCUCCCCGCCGCGGGCGAGAUGGUUCUCUUUGACCGAAGCUGGUACAACCGCGCGGGGGUCGAGCGGGUCAUGGGGUUUUGCACAGAUGAGGAGUAUCGGGAGUUUCUGCGGUCGUGCCCUGAGUUUGAGCGCAUGCUGGUGCGGUCGGGGAUUAUUUUGGUGAAGUACUGGGUGUCGGUGAGUCCAGAGGAGCAGGAGAAGCGGUUUAAGGAGCGGUUGGACCGGCCUGAGAAGCGGUGGAAGCUGAGCGACAUGGACCUGCAGUCGCGGGCGCGGUGGGCGGAUUACUCGUAUGCGAAAGACGUGAUGUUUGGGUACUGCGAUAUCAAGCAGGCUCCAUGGUAUGUGGUGCCAUCGGACGAUAAGAAGGAGGCGAGGCUGAAUGUGAUAGCGCAUCUGCUCAGCUUGAUCCCGUAUGAAGAUCUGAUCGAGCCGAAUGAUGUGAAGAUCCCGCCGCUGCAGGAGGAUUAUUAUGUGAGGCCGCCAGUCACUGAUCAGACCUUUGUCCCCCAAGUGUUUUAGGUGACGGUUACAGGCAUGUGAACCAUGGAGGUAUGGUAAUAGUUGGUGCUAGCAUACUCAUACUCCCUAAUGUGCCUCGUCUCCUGAGGCAGCGCAUUUAUUAUGGUUCAGGAGUUUGAUUCAGUCCUCACGUCAGUUCCUUUAUCUUGCAUGCAUUUCCGUGUGUAUUCUUGCUCACAUUCGAUUUUGCUAUU